AUGCUUAGUCCCAAAAGAACCCGAUUCCGUAAACAACAUAGAGGAAGAAUGAAAGGAAUAGCUUUUCGAGGUAAUCGUAUUUGUUUCGGCAGAUAUGCUCUUCAGGCACUUGAACCCGCUUGGAUUACAUCUAGACAAAUAGAAGCGGGGCGACGAGCAAUGACACGAAAUGCACGCCGCGGUGGAAAAAUAUGGGUACGUAUAUUUCCCGACAAACCAGUUACUUUAAGACCUACGGAAACACGUAUGGGUUCGGGGAAAGGAUCUCCCGAAUAUUGGGUAGCUGUCGUUAAACCAGGUAGAAUACUUUAUGAAAUGGGCGGAGUAGCCGAAAAUAUAGCGAGAAAAGCUAUUUCAAUAGCAGCAUCAAAAAUGCCUAUACGAACUCAAUUCAUUAUUUCAGGAUAG